AUGGCUAGUUUUAAUGAAAAAACUAUUUAUGAAUUAAAUGAUGAGUAUUCGAUUAUACUAAUAGAAGAUUUUAAUAAUCAUCUUAAAAUUGAACUUUAUCAAAAUCAGAUAUUGACUUAUGAUGUUUUAUUGAAUGACCAUCAAUGUUCCACAAUUACACAUAAAUUAUGUGAAACAAAAGCAGAAUUGUACAAUUUAUUAUGUGAUUUGUUGAUCACAAUGAAAUCUAGUAUUUCUGUUACAAACUCAAGAUAUCUUGAAAUAUUAUUGCCAAUAUAUUUUGGUCAUGAAAAAACUCGUACCAAAGUAUGGAUAUUUAAAAUUGAAUUUCAACGGUUUUUGUUUAUUGAUGAUAAAAAAAUGGAUGAGAUCUCAUUAGAUCCUCUUGAUUGGACUGAAAUUCGAUCAUUAGGUCAUCAAAUAAUGGAUGAUAUGAUAAAUUAUUUAAGCGAUAUUCGUCUUCGACCUGCAUGGCGUCCAAUGCCACCAAUAGUAAGAAAAGCUAUUGCACAAACUGAUAUUCCAUUAAAAGGUCAAUCACCAUUUGAAGUUUAUGAUGAAGUCUGUUCGCUUGUUCUUCCUUAUUCUGUAGGCAAUAAUCAUCCACAUUUUUGGGGUUAUGUGCAAGGAACAGGUUCAUUAAUAGGAGCUUUUGCUGAGUUUAUAACUGGAACAAUGAAUACAAUGUCAUGGGGUGGUCAUCAAGCAAGUAUAUAUAUAGAACGGCAAAUCUUAUCAUGGUUAAAAGUAUUAAUGAAUUUUCCCAAUGAUGAUACAAGUUCAGGUUUACUGGUUAGUGGUACUUCAGUAGCAACAAUAAUAGCCAUGGCGGUUGCUAGAAAAAAAUUCUGUAAUCGAACAAUGAAAGUUUAUUGUUCAAAAGAAGCACAUAGUUGCCUUAUUAGAGCAAUUGAUCUUCUUAAUAUUGGCAAAGAAAAUAUUAUUUCUAUUUCAACUAAUUCUGAAAGACAAAUUGAUUUAAAGGCUUUAGAAGCAGCUCUUGAUCCAUAUUCAUGUGGUUUUAUUGUUGGUAGUGCAGGUACAGUUGCUACUGGUGCUAUAGAUGAUCUUAAAGGUCUAGCUAAUAUAUGUGCUCGUCGUCCGAAUGACCUUUGGUUUCAUAUUGAUGGGGCUAUUGGAGCUGUAGCUCGUUGUUCAAAACGUCUUCGUCCUUUAUUUAAUGGUUUUGAACAUGCUGAUUCAAUUGCAUUUGAUCUUCAUAAAUGGCUUUUUGUUCCCUAUGAAUGUGGUUGCAUUCUUAUUCGUCAUGGUGAAUUACAUAAGUCAACAUUUAGUCAACCAGCUGCUUCAUAUUUAACUUUAAUGGAUGGUGGAAUAACACCAAGUGAAGGUGAAGUAUUCUUUAGUGAUUAUGGUUUAGAAUUAUCACGAAACAUGAAAUCAUUAAAAGUUUGGAUGACAUUAAAAACAUACGGAAUUGAAAAAUUUGGACAAAUUAUGGAGCAAAAUGUUGAUCAAGCUAAACAUUUUGUUAGGUUAAUCGAACAAUAUUCAAAUCAAUUUGAAGUAUUGACGACAGGUCCUUUGAAUAUCGUCUGCUUCCGAUGUAUUGUAUCACGUUCACAUGUUAUCGAUUUGGAGAUAUUGAAUAAAUUAAAUAAACAAAUGUUAAUUACUAUUCAAGAACGUGGAACAGCAGUUGUAUCCCCAAUUGCUAUUGAUCAUAAUAAAUUUGGAUUGAGAAUGUGUAUUACGAAUCAUCGAACUAAAAUGUCGGAUAUAGAUAAAUUCAUGGAACAAUUGAGUCAAUUGGCUGAUGAACUUUUAAAUUUACCCGAAUAUUCAUGUUUACUAAAUUGA